GUCCCAGGGUAAGGGGCUCAAAGGAGUCAUCUCCUCGCUCUGCUCAUUUGUCGGCAAUGCCCCGUUUUCGGCAUUCCGAACUUCUUUCACAAGAACUACCUAGGUUGGGCCUCGUCAUCGCUCUGUUGGUUGACCUGAUCUUGAGGAUCGACCGAAAAAAUGCAGCCUCCAUUCGUAAGCAACCCGACAUACAUCCUCGCACCGAACUGGACCUUCGUCCCUGGAGGUCCAAUCGAUCUCGGCAACAUCGUAGCAGAUCCCUUCCGGCCUCACAUGGUGCUCACGAGACCGGAUCCCGAAGCCUCGCCGUCCAUCCAGCGACACGUGGAUGAGAACUGGCAACUGCACCUAGCCUCGGGAUCCGACGUGACUGUUGGCCUGUGGGUCAAGUUCGUGGAUCUGGUUGGCGUCAAGCUGGGAUUGGCGCACAGGAGGCGGCUGAGCACGGCCUACAACAUGACAGCCCUCGAGACUGUCUACUACACAGACAUGCCCACCAUGACGCAGGUCAAGGAGCGGGUCAGAGACCCGGACGUAAAGGAACUCAUGCGCCUCGACAAUCCCUUCUCCAAGCCCGUGUUCAUGAUCACCGGGAUCAAGAUCGCGAGAGGCUUCUCUCUCUCUGCUGGCGGGUCAUCCGCGGACGGCGGCACUUUAGGAGCCGAGGGUCCGGCUGGCUCUCCGGCUACGGUUGGAGGCACCGUUGGCGUGGCGUUUAGCAAGGGACACAAUUUUGGAUUUGACUCCAAGGGCGACAUCGUGUUCGCAUACCAACUGAUGGUCAUCAAACCCAAGGGCUGGAAGAACAAGACAUUCAAGCUGGCCGAGUACCACUCCUCGGCUGCGUUCCUUGGCGAUGAUGAGGACGAGGAGGAUCCUGAGCCGGAGGUGGAAUUAGACUUGCCUGAAGUGCAAGAUUUCAAGACCAUCAACUCGUCUAUCACGGACACGACGGUCGCGGAUGGACAGACAGAAUGUAUAUGUAUCGCAUUCGGGCAAGACGGGCAUUAGAGCUUGUCUCGCGGGUAGGGGCAUUUGGCUAUUCAGGCAGGGGUUCCGGGCCGCCAAAAAUAUUUGGACAGUUGGAGCAUGAAAAAGACCAGCUGCCAGCACGAAACAAAGCGACGGCGACGGCGAUGGCGAUGGCAACAGCAGCAGAGACGGCGACGGCAAGAGUGCUUUAGCAAUAGUGACAGCGACGGCUAGCCAAAUGCUCCUACCCUAACAUUUAAAUAUCCCUGCCUGGAUAGCUAAAUGCCCCUGCCUGGA